UGGUCAGGCUAAGACAUCCUGCUUCCCGCUCGCUAACUGGCAAUCCUGCUGCUUAUUUUCCCCAGAUUUUUUGACUCUUCCCCCUGCACUUUAUAAGUCCUGGUCUUCUCCAGCUUUUCCAGAACUUCCGUCGCAAUCAAUAUCUUCAUCAUCAUCCCACUUCAUACUACCCACCUCUAAGCUCUAGCCUUUGGCAUUCUCUGACGGAACUCCUGGGUGUGUGCGCGGACGAGCGUCCCCCUACAAUAAUAGCGCCGCUUCUUUGGCCUGGUUGUGCUGGAGUGCGCAGACGCCUUGAGCCUCCUCCCCGCCACAUCCCCGGACUUUUAAUUCUUAUGCCCAGAUUCCCACGGCCUGGCGGACAACAAAUGUUACACCCGUUCGGUUGAUGGGGUUGACACGCUUGACACAUAUAUGCUUUUUUUGCCGCCCGGAUUGAUAGGAACGAACGUGUUUAUGUAAAUCGCCGGUUCGAUCCGUCAUUCAAAAUGGAAAUGAGUACUCCUGAACCUAUCCACCAACAUGAUCACCACCUGAGACGGGCCUCCCCACCCCCAGGCCCUUUUGGAUAUCCCUUAUUCAACGUCGACUCACCUUACGAUGAGCCACCUGCUCCUCCACCUGGACCGUCGCUUCUCGAUGACACCGAAUCUAGCAUGCUUAACAAUUUCUUUAUGUCAAUGGAUCAUCUGGACAGCAACGAUUUUUGGUUUUCCCUGGGGGACCAAGACAAAGCAGGCGGCAACUUUGGGAUCGAGUGGCCUGAGGAACUUCCUCCUACCUUUGAAGGUUCAACCACGUCUUUGGGUCCAUUUCCACCCUUCGCGAACGAUAUACAUCAAGAAGGGAUUAACAUGGAAAAGACAUCGUCAUCGCACAGUUCAGACGUGUUAGCUGCCGCAUCCAUGCUCUACCAUAAAAAUGGUCUUGUUUCGCAUGAUUAUUCGACUAGCCACAUCUUAGCGGAAAACAACAACCAUUUUAAUGAUGUUCACGCAAAUGGAAAUAAUCAUAAUAUCAAUAGUUCGAGGACGAAGAAUUCCUUUCUCCCUUCUCGCUUCGUUGAAGCAGUGCCACCGGGAUCUUCGCCCAAGGACUUUGGUCUCCUCGGUAAAGGAUUCCAUACCACGAAAAUGUACUUUGAUGUUGAACGACAACUUGGACCCGAACAGCAACAGAGAAUUGGUGCUCUCCGAUGGGGCUCAGACUUGAGAUUUUCAGAACGAUACCAUGCCGCCAUAGACGAACCUAGCGAAGAAGAGCGCACCAAAGACCUGCUACAGAAUCUGGACUGUCUGGAAUCGCAAAGUAGCACCGGAAACACGCGUGCUUCAAGCCCAGCUCGAAGAUCUUUCGAUCGUGCUAUGCCAGAAUGGGCCUCCCUAGGCACAUGGUCAACAACAGCAAAUAACGGUGUCCAAUCGUCGUCAGCAUCGUCAAAAUCCAUCACGAACGAUCCAACACAUGCUGAAGAUGGCGCAAGACCCAGGAAGCGCCGAAAAAGCAAGAGCAGAUUAAAGGAUGAAGAUAUAGACAUCGAACCACCAAAUAACAGCAAUAACAAUAACGAACCUAACGGCCGCCAAACUUCACCAAUACCCAGACGUUUCUCUUCCUCUGGCACCGAUACAACAUCCACAACAGUUACGACAACGACGACAAAGCGGAAGAAACCCAAAACAGGACAGAGCGGCAAACCCCGCGAAAACCUCACGGAAGAGCAGAAACGAACCAACCACAUUCUUUCCGAGCAGAAACGACGAAACCUCAUCAAGCAAGGCUUCGAUGACCUGUGUGCUCUCGUUCCAGAACUGCAUGGUGGUGGCUUCAGUAAGAGCACAAUGCUCAUUCAGGCAGCGGAGUGGUUGGAGGAUCUACUACAUGGUAACGAGCUGUUGCGAAAUCAAUUGGAUGAGUUGAAGAGGAGGCACGCUACUGCUUCUACGUCUUCUGUCACUACUACUACAACUACGUCGAUGACUGAUAUGACCACGGCAUAA